AUGCAUCGGUAUCCAAAAGCUGAAUCCUAUUUUCAAAUGAUGUUACAGGUACUUCCCAAACAACAUGAAGAUUUGGCAUCAGUUUAUGAUCAUAUCGAUGAUUUAAAUAUGCGUACAGCAAAUUGGAAUGAAGCAUUUAAAAAUUUUAAAUUAGCAUAUGAAAUAAAAAAGAAAAAAUUGUCUCGUUCAAACCAUCCAGAUUUACGUGUAACAUUAAAUAAUAUUGGAAAUUAUUAUAAAGCCAUAGGAAACUUGUCCGAAGCUUUCA